AUGGCUUUCUUUCCCGACAGAAAAAGACCUACUCCCGUCUAUACAGACGACGAGCUCUCUUCGACAGGCUUGCCGUCCUAUCACAGUACUAAACGCCCGCGGUUGGACAGUUACCCGACAAACACUUUCUCAAAUCCAUCAUCAAGCAGUCGCAGUGACAUAGAUUCCGGUUACUUCUCGGGCUCAUUGGCUACACCUUCGCCGAGCGCCAACACCACAAACAACAGAAAGGUGUCGCUGAAACUUAUAAUACCGGACCAUGUUCUUACUCGGACAGAGAAGCGUCAGCUAGCAGUUCGAAGAACGGCAGCCAUAAAAUGGGAAAGAAGUGGAAAAUUGCAGCGGCCCGAGCCUGAUCAAAAAGAAAUUAGCUCUUCGUACAAUCUCAAGUUGAUGCGACAUUAUCCUGCUGCCGAUGCAGACCCUAGUGAGUCGACACAUACAGCUUCCCAAGACUGCUUCGUGAAGCCUAUUAUCCAAAAAUCUUCUCGUGUCACCAAUCUUCUCGCAAAUUAUCCGUAUGGCACUGUUCCAACCAAGCACCCCGAUGCAUCAUCUUCUCGAGGAAGCCUAGUCGGAGGUGGAAUUCAAGAUUUACAGAGGAACCGCCAGAUCACUGAAAAUACUCUAGGAACACAAUUAGCCUGGCGUAGCUUCUCCUGGCCAGAUCGAGGCGAGAGAGAGAUCAUGGUCGAGUCCGCACUUGGCACUGAUGACUUGGAACGCGAAAUAAGGGGAUUGCCUAAUUCGCUGCCGGAGUGGAAGAAGUUCAAAACCAGUCAAUUCGCAAAACAGAAACUCAAGAACUUGAGGACAGUUGAUGAUCGGAGACACACACCCAAUAAGGGCAAUGGCGUGGGAGAGAAGCAUGCACAUGCUGGAUUUGCGAGGUUGAGCUAAGAGGAGUGGACAUGGCUUGGAGGGUAGUGAUCAACUCUUGAUCUCCUUUGAUUCGACGGAAUCGUAAGGAUAUACGGAGUCGACUGCCCUAAUUCGUAGACUGAUUCUAAUUAGUCAGUAAGAACGGCCUGAUACUGAUGCCUAGGGGCGAGGUUGAUGGUAGCCAAUAGGCGGAUGCUGAUUUGAAUAUGGGAAUGACCCAACGGCGGAAAGGGAGGGAGUGUGCAUGGGGCGACAUAAAUAAGAAUCAGUUUUUAGAUCGUCAAGAUGCCUAUGAGAAAUAUGUGUUGUUAGCUUGUGAUCGCUUUUAGUCCAUAUAGCCUGUCCUUUUCACAUUUUUUUACUUGCACUCAUUCCGUUCACUUCUGCCAACUCUCAACUUCAACUUCAGCUCUUCUCAGGUUUUAUACCACCAAAUAGCCCCUUCUUUGGCCCCCUCCGCAUCAUAACAACAAACCUCGACGUUAAACUCUCAAAUUCAUCCGCCACAUCAGUAUCAUCAUCGCAGUAUCAAUUGCAUCAACUUCAUCUUCAUCAUCACAACAUCUCAUUUGCCGCAUAACCACUACCAAGAAUAAACUGUCCACACCAAUUCAACCAGCACCACAGCAACUGCUUCAAUAUCUCGUUCCGCUAUCCACCAUGUUCAACCUGAACCAACCAAUCACUCACCAACCCGAGAUCUCACCUCCAACCCCCGAACCCCAAGACCAACGACCCCCACAAGCAUCACGCAUUACACCAUCCACCACCACAUCUCCAGCCCCAUUUUCCGAACUCUCUCAUAACGCCACCACCACACAAAACUCGGACACCACACCACCCACCGCCGCCACGCCGCCACCCCCGGAUCCACAACAAGAGCAAGUUCAGAACCUCUUCCU